GGUAGAUCUUUCGGAGACUGAAAGAGUAUUUGUUCCAAUCAUUCAUAAUAUUAAUAAUUAUGUGCACAUAUGGAAACGUGAUCACCGACAAUCAGAUAUGGAUUUGCCUGUUUUUUCAAUCGAGAAGCCAGAAUCAAAAUCAGAUGAGGAAUGGAAACGUGAUCACCGACAAGUUUGUGGCUUUAUUAGACAAUAUGUUGGUGAUAAUGUUUAUGGUCUCAUUGCAAAUGAAACACAUGCCAGGUCACUUUGGGAGAAACUCGAGUCCAUGUAUGCAUCCAAAUCUGGUAAUAACAAGUUGUACUUGUUGAAGUCCUUGAUGAACUUGUCUUAUAAAGAAACUACUCCUUUGUUGGAUCACUUGAAUGCAUUUCAUGGUAUUUUAGAUCAGUUAUCUGGUGUUGGUAUAAAGCUUGAGGAUGAACUAGCUGCUCUUUGGUUGCUAAACACUUUACCUGAGUCUUGGGAGAUAUUUAGGGUCUCAAUUAUCAAUUCUGCCCCGGAUGGUAUUGUAUCCAUGCAAACUGUUAAACCAGCUAUGCUUAAUGAGGAGAUGAGAAGGAAGAUGCAAGGUUCUUCGUCUCAAUCAGAGGUGUUAGUUACAGAACAUAGGGGGAGGAAUGCUAACCGAGAUCAAAGAGGCAGAGGGAAAUCCAGAAGCAAGUCCAAGUCCAGAUAUAAGAAUGUUGAGUGUCAUUAUUGUCACAAUACAGGACACAUCAAGAAAAAUUGCUUCAAGUGGAAAAGAGAUAACAAGGCUAAAGGCAAGAAUGAGAAAGAGGAUGAAGGUGGUGACCGUGUUUCUACUGCUGAUCUUGUUGAUGAUUUGAUCUUUGUCACCGAUGCAGAUGUGGUUAAUGCAGUGUCAGAUGACCAGAGCUGGGUUAUUGAUAGUGGUGCUACGUUGCAUGUGACUCCAAGGAAGGAAUUCUUCACAUCCUUAAAGUCUGGCAGUUUUGGAAAAUUGAAAAUGGGCAAUGAUGCAGUUGCAGAGGUUGUUGGUAUUGGAGAUGUCUGCUUAGAGACUCAGAUGGGUUAUGAAAACCAUUUUGGUGGUGGAAAAUGGAAGCUUAAAAGGGGAAAUCUGGUAGUGGCUCGUGGCAAAAAGGAGUCCAAACUGUAUCGAUUGGAAAGUGUACUCUCUGGGGAUGUGAAUGGUGAUGUGAAUGCUAUAGAAAGUUCAAAAGCAUCACAUUUGUGGCAUCGUAGGCUCAGUCAUAUUGGUGAGAAGGGGCUGAAUCUUUUGGCUAAGAAAGAUGUACUGCCUGGUUUGAAGAAUGCAGAGUUGGAGAAGUGUUAUCACUGCUUGGCAGGAAAACAGACCAGAAUAUCCUUCAAGAAGCAUUCUUCUUCGAGACGUGCUGAGUUACUUGAGUUGGUGCAUUCUGAUGUGUGUGGACCUUUGAAGCGUUUUUCAGACUGAUGUUUGGAGGGUCAAACGGUGUCCGAUUGUUCUGAAAUUUUAGGAGCAGGUUCGGGACACAUUGAACUUGAUUUCCACCGGUCAGUUUUGGAUUUGGAGGUCUGCAGGCUGAGAUAUUCGAAUCUGAACAGAGGCAGUAUUUUCUGGUUUUUCUGCAUAUUCUCUAGUUGUUUGCUCCUUGUUGUGGCAGUAUAUUUGCAGUAUCUUUAUACUGAUUUCAGCCCUUGUUUGAGACACUCUUGUACCCUAUUUCUGGUCAUAGUGGAGCUUGCUUGGUGGU